CUGCGCGACACACAGCCAGCCCGGUGCUCUCGUGAGGCGUGCCAGUCAGAUUCCGCGGGAGAGCGGCAGAGAUACCGCGAUAUUUGAUAGCGGCCCCGAGACGCGCCUGGCGCGGAUCCUAAAUCCCGACAGCUUUAUGGAGCCCAGGCCUGGCAGGCUCCCAGAACUUGAAGCCACCAGACCCCACAUGGAACCAAAGGCCUCCUGUCCAGCUGCUGCACCCUUGAUGGAGAGAAAAUUCCAUGUUCUUGUGGGUGUCACGGGGAGUGUCGCAGCCCUGAAGUUGCCUCUUCUGGUGUCAAAGCUUUUGGACAUUCCUGGGCUGGAAGUAGCAGUGGUCACAACUGAGAGAGCCAAACAUUUCUACAGCCCCCAGGACAUUGCUGUCACCCUCUACAGCGACGCUGAUGAAUGGGAGAUGUGGAAGAGCCGCUCUGACCCAGUUCUGCACAUUGACCUGCGGAGGUGGGCAGACCUCCUGCUGGUGGCUCCUCUUGAUGCCAACACUCUGGGGAAGGUGGCCAGUGGCAUCUGUGACAACUUGCUUACCUGCGUCAUCCGGGCCUGGGACCGCAGCAAGCCCCUGCUCUUCUGCCCGGCCAUGAACACCGCCAUGUGGGAGCACCCGAUCACAGCGCAGCAGGUAGACCAGCUCAAGGCCUUUGGCUAUGUCGAGAUCCCCUGUGUGGCCAAGAAGCUGGUGUGCGGAGAUGAAGGUCUCGGGGCCAUGGCUGAAGUGGGGACCAUCGUGGACAAAGUGAAAGAAGUCCUCUUCCAGCACAGUGGCUUCCAGCAGAGUUGACCUGGGAUUUCUGUCAUGGGUGUCCCUCUGUACUCAGAAUGGGUUCAGGCCAAGUCGGUGAAGAUGGAUGUUGGCAAAAUAGGAGGAUACCCUCAUUUGCUGAAUGGGGGGCCUGCUCUGAGCCUGCCCAGGGGCCAGGCCUGCUCCAGGUUAAACUGGACGGAAGGCCCAGGUCUCAGUUUCUUUCAACCAGGAGAGGCCGCUGCCUAGAGCCCCUCCCCACCUUUUCCUGGAUGGGUGAGGCAAGCCAGGAGAGCAAGCAGUGUUGUCCUCACGGGAGGAGGACUGAGCGACUGGGAAAACUCGGCUCUACAUCUCACCCAGAACGGCUUUUAGAAACACCACAGCUGGAGAGUCCUGGCUGAGCCUUGGGAGUUUCAGCUCUUUGGCGGGGUGCCCAGGUGCCAUGCGAUCAGCAAAGCCUGCGAGUUGGCAGGACUCUGAGGUUUCCUGCAGACCAUGCCAUGAGAUUGAAGGUGCGGGGAAAUAAAGAAAAAUCACCAUU